UCCUAUACCACUGUGCGACCGUUUUACGCGACGGUAGAAAAAAAGCGUUUCGUUUUAAAGGAAGAAUUUAGUUUUUGUUUAAAGUAGAAAAAAAAACUAUCAAAAUAAAUAAACGUGAAUUUUAUUAUAAAAACAAAGUGAUCUCAUGAACAAAAAUAAAUUUUUAAACAAAAAUUUAACAGAUAUUUUUGUUAAACAUAUAAAAACGGAAAAAUUUUACACGGCAACUAUUUUUAUCUAAAAGAAAAAUAAAAGCAAAAAUAUCACUAUUGUAAACACAAAUCUAAAACGAACAAAAGCGAAAAAAUUAUAAAAAAAUAAAUAAAAAAACUCAGAUAAAAAGUGAACUUUUUCAAAAGACAAUUAACUUUAAAAAAGAAGAAGUGUUAAAUAAAACAAAGCAAAAUAAUUAAAACAAAAAACAGCAAUAAAUCAUGGAGUAUAUAGAGUAUCUGGAAACAGCCUGGUAUUAUUUGCCUUAUAUAUUCUAUACCUUUGUAUUCCUAACACUUAUACCGAAAUCUCUAAGUAAAAUCAAUCAAUUCGCCAAAGCUGACUAUGAAGCGAAUCGUAAUAAAUGGCAUCGUUGUUAUGCACCCGAUAUAUGUUGCCACAAUUUGGGUGAAGCGGGAGAAGCUUUACCCAAACAAAAACCACGUAAAGCGGUAACCAGGGUUUACCCUAAGAAACAAACAGCCAAAAAGGAAGAAUUGGUCGGCACAACGCAUCAGCCCGUAGUACCCGAUGAACCGGCCAAUAUCUAUAAACGUCAGGUGCACACUCAUACCAAUGUUAAUAAAAUUGCUAAAAUGUUUGAAAAUGGUGGCGUACAAAAGAAAAUCAAUCGUGUUACGCCUACCGUAUUGCCCUCCGAUUUUCGUCGCUGUUCCAUGGACUUUGAUGAUGAGGACACUUUUCACAAAAAGGAGGACUAUGCAAAUCAAUCUCAUGAAAGUCCUUUGAAAAAAGAAAAUGUGGUCCUAAGAAGACUUUCGAAAUUAACACAAGAACUAGAGGAAAAUAAUGAAAAUUCUUCAAAUGUUUUAAAUCAAAUGUCCCAUGAUGAACAUCAACAAGAUUUGCUUAAUAGCAGCUGGCGCAGUGAACCCAUACCCAUACAGAGACGUAAACGUCAAGUACCCACUAGUAUCUCAAUGUUAAAUGGUACCUCAGCCACACCCUCAACAGUAUCACCCGCCCACUCUUCACCUUUGUCAUCACCACGCUCCUGCAAUUCACCGGAGCCCUCGUCAUCACCUAUUCUACGUAAUCCUCCUGUACUUAAUAUGAACACUAGUUUAGAAGAUCUAUUUGUAGCCAUAGCUAAGAGUGCUGAAAAUUCCGAAGGUUUCUUAUAUCCCGGCUGCACCUCACUCUCACCCGUUACCUCUAUAGAUGAUAUAUUAUCACAACGUCGUCUAUCACGACCUUUGUCUGCGUAUUCUAUAAGUGAUCUUUUAAAUGAUGAACCCAAUAAGGGCAUGGAUGAAACAUAUGUGGAGAAUUUCUUAAAAGUUUUAAAUAAAACUUGAACUCUCUCAUGAAGAGUAAUAAGGCCUAGUUUCACAGUGUGGGUUUAAGGUAAAAUUUUUUGAGGGAAAGAAAAAACGUUUUUAAUGAGUUAAUUUAGUUUUAAUACGUAGUUAGCAAAGUUUUUAAAACUUUAUUUUCUUAGGAGAUUUAUUUAUGCUUACUACUCUCAAAGUUUGGUUAAGUUAUUAGUUCAGUUAAAACUUCUAGGCGUUUAGAAUUUUAACUAUAGUUUAAACUAGCAAUAUUGUAUGUAUGUAAAUGCCAGUAAAAGUGAUAAUUAGAUUAAAUAGAAUAUUUAUAAUACAAACUAUUUUACAUUAUUUUUAUUUGCAGUUUAAAAGCUAAUAUAUAGAGAUUUGAAUUUCGUGGGCUUAGAUGAAACCCCAUUUUUUCUCAUAUCUGAUAUUUUUCAGUUAAAACCAGUUUAAUAAUAUACUUGUUAUAGUUAAGAGUUUAAACCCAUUUGUCAACUUUAGAUCAAUUUACAAAGAAAUUAAUUUGUAAUAGUUCUGGAAUCGGUUCUUUCAUCAAAACUAAUUUUUAAAGAUUCUUAGUUCCUGGACUAGUUUUUUUCAAACUUGAUCAAGAGUUUUGUUCCUAAUAACCAUUCUCUGAACAAGUUCUUGGAGAAAUUUUAUAU